AUGAAAUUCAAGACGAGAGAGCUAGAGCUCUCUAGAGCGUUUGACGAAGUAUUCCUGCGACUCUUUCUCAUCGCUUCACGAGUCCUGCAGAUCGUCAUAUCAAUUCCGAUUAUCGGGUUUGUCGCCGCACUCAUAAGUGGCUUCUCCAAUGCAGAGCUUGAUGUCCCUUCGAAGGCUUCAGGGGCGCUGGCGGUCGCUUCUCUAUGUACGGUCUAUUCUGGGGUGACAAUACUACCUAUAUUUUUCGAAGGACCGAUGUUCUUCACCACGAUUGCGGGCCUGGAUACUCUGUUUUUGGCCGCUUGGGCGACCCUGGUCGGAGUGUGGGACCACAGCGCGACAAGUAGCUGCCGAGCUUUCAUCGCUGAGUACUUCGACUCUCAGCCAGAAAGGCAUUCUUUCACAACAAAUUGCAAACUUACGAAGGCUAUGUUCGCUUUCAUCAUUGUCAAUGUGGCAUUGUUUGGAACUACUACGAUCAUUUCCUUUUGCCUGCGGGCCAUCGAGCUUGAACACUCAACUCAGUGGAAAUCCCUUCCUCUCUUCCGCAAGACCGAAAAGACGAGAUCCGAACAGCAUUGCUCUUGUUGUAACCACAACCAAGAAAAUCCUUCCCCUAGAUCAAGCUUCAGUGGUGACAGAUUAAGGCCCGGUGUGUGA